AUAUUUUUUAGCGUUGAAAACAUUCCGUCUAUUAAUUUGCUUGUGUUGUGUUAUUUAUUAAUUGUUAUAAAAAGAGCUGAUAAUAGCUCUGGGUAUUAGUCGAAGUGUUGAUUGUAACGCAUCGAGAUGAAGUUAAAGCUUUUGUUUCUGCUCGUAGCGGCUUUAGCCAUCACUUCAAGGUCUGAAUCCAAUCAGGUCAAACAUCAAAACCUAGAACCCCAAGGAGCACACCCCGAGAAUGACAUCGGACCUCAAAAUUCAUCUACUAGCAAUGAAGUUGAAGGCUCAUCAACGAGAUUCAAGAAUGAAAAUAACAACUCUGAAAGUUCUCAUCCUGGUUUUGAAUUCGAUCUGAGACUGAUAGCUGCACUCAAAAAUUCAACGAACGGCUUCCAAAAUUCUUUGACUGACUUCGAAUCUGAUCAAAAUGAAAGACCGACAACUGGAACCAUCGAUCCUAAUUACGGGCUUCAGGCUUUAUACACUGGCGAUGGAAAUUUUCGAUUUUCUGGUACGUAUUAUCCAUUUCUAUGGAGAAUGCGGUCGGUUGAUAAUGUUGAUCUGAGCGUGGUACGCGACAAUGCAGAAAUACAAAAUAGCUUACGACACAAAAAUUCUUGGAUUGUUGAACCUCUAAAAGUGGUGCCUUUUUUGUAUGAUCUCCGUCGCGUGAUUUGGAAUGUCGAAAUUCGUAUUCCAGCAAAUUGGCAGGUUGAUGUAUUGAAACCAAUGAUCCAUCAGAAGCAAAAUAAUGACUCGUCAAUUGUAUUUUCAAUCUGUCCGACCAAAGAAGGAUAUUCUUAUCAAUUUUCUAAUGAAGGUUCUGAUUCAGUUUUGAAAUCCCAAACCCAUUUAGCAGCAGAUGCAACUUUACCGAUCAUAGCUUAUAAUAAGGAUGGAAAAAUUGGAUUUUUAUUUCGAGCCCGUGAAAUUCUAUAGGAUAAUUAACAUCCAUAGCAGGAUCAUUGAUAUCAAUAACAGUCCUUUCCCAAAAGCAAUUGAUCUUAAUGAUUUCAAUGCAUACUUUUGUCUAUUGAUUUCUAUAUGUUAUACAAUGUUUAAAUAAAUCAUUCCGAAUAUAAAUUAA